AUGAAGGUCUCUGCAGCUCUUCUCUGCCUGCUCCUUGCAGCAGUCACGUUCAGUCCUCAGGUGCUUGCUCAGCCAGAUGCAGCUUCUAUCCCCACCAUCUGCUGCUUUCAUAUGACCAGUCGGAAGAUCCCCAUUCAGAGACUGGAGAGCUACAUAAAAGUCACUGGUAAAUGUCCACAGAAAGCAGUGAUCUUCAAGACCAAGCUGGCCAAGGAGAUUUGUGCAAACCCCAAGGACAAGUGGGUCCAGGAUUCCAUGAAGUAUCUGGACCGAAAAUUCCAAACUCCGAAGUCAUAA